AUGUCUUCUGAAAUGGGACCAAAACAAGCCGGGCGAUCGGUACGUAUUUUAUUAGUUGGCGACAGGGAUGUUGGUAAGACGUCUAUCAUAUUAUCUUUGGUCAAUGAAGAAUUUUUGGAAGAAGUGCCUGGAAGAGCUGAAACAAUAACGAUUCCUGCUGAAGUUACCCCUGAAUUGGUGCCUACAGAUAUUAUUGAUUACCAUGAAAAUGAACAAGAUAAUGAAGAAUUAUGUGAACAGAUACGUCACGCAGAUGUGAUUUGCCUGGUAUUUUCAGUGGUAGAUGAUUCUAGCCGACAAAAUAUUAAAGAUAAGUGGAUGCCAUUACUGAGGGACUGCCAACUAAACAGCGAUAUAUUUCACCCUGUUAUAUUGGUUGGAAAUAAAAGUGAUCUCAUUAAUAGUAUUUCAAUGCAUCUUGUUGAAGAUGUUUUAUAUGAAUAUCCAGAAAUUGAAACCUAUGUUCAAUGUUCAGCAAAAAUGUUGAUGAAUAUUAGUGAAAUGUUCUGUUAUGCCCAAACAGCAAUUCUACAUCCCACAGCUCCAUUAUAUUCGGUUGAGGAUAAAAUUCUUACUGAAAAAUGUAAAAGAGCUCUAUGUCGUGUAUUUAAAAUUUGCGACACAGAUAACGAUGGACUGCUUAAUGAUGAAGAAUUAAAUAAUUUCCAGCGUCAUUGUUUUGAUUCCCAUUUGCCUUUACAACAAUUGAAUGGCAUAAAAACUAUUAUCAAUAUGAACUGUGAACGUGGAAUUUCACCAUCAAACUGUGUUACUCUUGAAGGGUUUUUGUUCCUGCAUAUGUUAUUUAUAUUAAAAGGAAAAGCACAAACAACAUGGACUGUAAUUAGAAAAUUUGGAUAUGAUGACAAUUUAAAUUUUUCAUACAGCUACCUUCAUCCUAAUUUAAAAGUAGAUAAAUAUUGUACCAUUGAGUUAUCUCAUAAAGGUGAAUAUUUUUUGUCGCGCUUAUUUGAAAUACAUGACAAAGAUAAAGAUGAUUGUUUAAGCCCUGUUGAGUUGAAAUCAUUAUUUUCCAUGUGUACAGAAGACCCACAACUUUUAAGGAAAUGCAUAUAUAAUACAAAUCAUAAAGGAUGGAUAACAUCACAAGGAUGGCUAUCUUUUUGGUCUUACUGUACUCUAAUUGAAGCCGAUACUACAUUAGCAUAUCUAGCAAUGCUAGGGUAUAACAUGAAGCUAGAAAACCAACUUUCAGGAAUUCAAGUUACUAGGAGUAAGAAAAUUGAUUUACAAAAGAAACAGUCCCAGAGAUCAGUAUAUAUUUGCCAUGUGAUCGGGAGCAAGGGAAGUGGGAAGUCGACAAUAUGUAAACGGCAUGUCAAAACUGCAAAAAUUGAAAAUCACUUGGAAGAUACUGAGGAACCAAGUAUAAUAUCAGUUAAUCGUGUUCAAGUGUACGGCCAAGACAAAUAUUUAGUUCUGAAAGAAAUAAAGCCAAUUAGUGAAAAUCAUUUGACUAAAAAAGACAUUAAAUGUGAUGUAGUGUGUUUAGUAUUUGAUUCUUCGCAGAGUUGUUCGUUUGAAUAUAGUGCACAUGUUUAUUUAAAAUAUUAUCAAAGCAGAAAUAUCCCAGUUUUGAUUGUAGCAAAUGAUAAAGGUAGACCCUUAAUGAAACAAGACUAUAUAUUACAACCAGAUCAAUUUUGCAAACAGAAUAGAUUAUCAGCACCGUACAUGUUCAUAAAUUCAAAUGAAGGAAAAAAAUUAUACUCAAAUUUAGCUACAAUGGCUUCCCUUCCACAUAAAUACAGUCCAAACCAGUCUAGUCUUAUUCCAAGUUUACGAGAAUCAAUUUUAUUCAUUUGGAAAACUGGUAUUGGUGUAGCCAUGAUAGCUUUGUGUGGCGUCUUGGUUGGUAAAUGUCUAGUGAAAUCGAAAAAAGAUCUGCUGAGUUAA